CCCCUGCAGGGCCUGUCGGAGGCGGCUGCGGCCGAGCGGCUGCUCCGGGACGGCCCCAACGAGCUGCGCCCCCCCCGCGGGACCCCCGAGUGCGUGAAGUUCGGGCGGCAGCUGGCGGGGGGGCUGCAGUGCCUCAUGUGGGUCGCUGCCUCCAUCUGCCUCAUCGCCUACGGCGUCCAGGAGGGGGAGGGCGACCGCGGCAGCUCCGACAACCUGUACCUGGCCAUCGCCCUCAUCGCCGUCGUGGUCGUCACCGGCUGCUUCGGGUACUACCAGGAGUUCAAGAGCACCAACAUCAUCGCCAGCUUCAAGAACCUCGUCCCGCAGCAAGCCACGGUGGUGCGGGACGGGGCCAAGCAGCAGAUCAACGCCAACGAGCUGGUGGUCGGGGACCUGGUGGAGAUCAAGGGGGGCGACCGCGUCCCCGCCGACAUCCGCGUCCUGUCGGCCCAGGGCUGCAAGGUGGACAACUCGUCCCUGACGGGGGAGUCGGAGCCGCAGACGCGCUCGCCCGAGUGCACCCACGAGUCGCCCCUGGAGACGAGGAACAUCGCCUUCUUCUCCACCAUGUGCCUGGAAGGUACGGCCACGGGGCUGGUGAUCUCCACGGGCGACCGGACCAUCAUCGGCCGCAUCGCCAGCCUGGCCUCGGGCGUGGAGAACGAGAAGACCCCGAUCGCCAUCGAGAUCGAGCACUUCGUGGACAUCAUCGCCGGCCUCGCCAUCUUCUUCGGGGCCACCUUCUUCGUGGUGGCCAUGGUCAUCGGGUACCCCUUCCUGCGCGCCAUGGUCUUCUUCAUGGCCAUCGUGGUGGCCUACGUGCCCGAGGGGCUGCUGGCCACCGUCACGGUGUGCCUGUCGCUGACGGCCAAGCGCCUGGCGCGCAAGAACUGCGUGGUGAAGAACCUGGAGGCCGUGGAGACCCUGGGGUCGACCUCGGUGAUCUGCUCCGACAAGACCGGGACCCUCACCCAGAACCGCAUGACCGUCGCCCACCUCUGGUUCGACAACCAGAUCCACGAGGCCGACACCACCGAGGACCAGUCGGGUCAGAGCUUCGACCAGUCCUCGGCCACGUGGACGAUGCUGAGCCGGGUCAUCGCCCUCUGCAACCGCGCCCAGUUCAAGCCGGGCCAGGACGACGUGCCCGUGGCCAAGCGUGACGUCAUCGGUGACGCCUCGGAGACGGCGCUGCUCAAGUUCGCGGAGGUGACGGUGGGGCCCGUGGAGGCCGCCAGGGGGCGCCACCCCAAGGUGGCCGAGCUGCCCUUCAACUCCAGCAACAAGUUCCAGGUGUCGGUGCACGAGGCGGGGGAGCAGCAGCUGCUGGUGCUCAAAGGGGCCCCCGAGCGGGUCCUGGAGCGGUGCCGGGGGGUCCUGCUGGGGGGGCAGGAGCUGCCCCUCGACCCCCAGUGGAGGGAGGCCUUCGAGGGGGCCUACGCAGAGCUGGGGGGGCGCGGGGAGAGGGUCCUGGAGGGUCCUGGGUGA